UCGGCGGCGGCGGCGACUCCACCAUCACCCCUCCACGAAGGAGGAGCGUCGCGGCGGGGUUGAAAGGGUGCGGACAUGGCGGCGGCCUUGUCGGACGAGCCGGUUGAUAACGACGAUUAUUAUUCGCUGCUGAACGUCAGGAGAGAGGCCACCCAUGAUGAGCUGAAGGCUUCGUACCGGAGGCUGUGUGUGCUGUACCACCCUGACAAGCACCGGGACCCAGAGCUGAAGAGCCAGGCAGAGCUGCUGUUUAACCUGGUGCACCAGGCUUACACCGUGCUCAGCGACCCCCAGUCCAGGGCUAUCUAUGACAUCUAUGGCAAGAGAGGGCUGGAGGUGGAGGGGUGGGAGGUGGUGGAGAGGAAGAGGACCCCAGCGGAGAUCCGGGAGGAGUUUGAGCGUCUGCAGAGGGAGAGAGACGAGAGGAGACUGCAGCACAGGACCAACCCCAAGGGUACGAUCAGCGUGGGCGUGGAUGCCACAGACCUGUUCGAUCGCUACGACGAGGACUAUGAAGAGAUUCCAGGGGGCGGAUUCCCACACAUUGAAAUUAACAGGAUGCACAUCUCCCAGUCCAUAGAGGCUCCGCUCACCACCACAGACACGGCCAUCCUCUCAGGAUCCCUGACCACUCAGAAUGGGAACGGGGGCGGGACCAUCAACAUGGCGAUCAGGAGGGUGACUUCCACCAAGGGCUGGGGAGAGCUGGAGCUGGGCGCGGGGGACACGCACGGGCCCCUCUUCGGCAUGAAGAUGUUCCGGAACCUCACGCCUCGCUGUUUCCUGACGACUCAUUGCGCGCUGCAGGUCUCUUCCCACGGUGUUCGGCCCGGCCUCACCACUCUCCUGGCACGACACCUCGACAAGAACACCAUGGGGUACUUGCAGUGGCGCUGGGGCACCCAGUCUGCCAUGAACACCAGCAUCGUCAGGGACACCAAGAGCAGCCACCUCACCUUCGCACUGCAGCUCGGGAUCCCUCACUGCUUCAUGAUGCUCAGCUACCAGUACAAGUUCCAGGACGAGGAUCAGACUAAAGUCAAGGGCUCCCUGAAGGCUGGAUUCUUCGGUACUGUCCUGGAGUACGGUGUGGAGCAGAAGAUCAGUCGGCACAGUGUUCUGGGGGCCACAGUCAGUGUUGGGGUACCCCAGGGGGUCUCCCUCAAAAUCAAGUUGAACAGAGCCAGUCAGACGUACUUCUUUCCGAUGCACCUGACAGAUCAGCUCCUCCCCAGCGCUGUGUUCUAUGCCACUGUGGGGCCUCUGGUUUUCUUCCUGGCGAUGCAGAGGCUGGUUAUCCAGCCCUACCUGAGUGCGCAGAAGGAGCAGGAGCUGGAGAAGCAGAGAGAGAGCUCAUCCUCCGACAUCGCCCGGAAGAAACAGGAGGCAGAGGCAGCCGUGAGUGUCCGUCUGUCUGAGUUCAAUCAGAUAGUGUGCUGCAGGAACACCUCUCAGGUCAAUAUGUACACCAGGCUCAUCAUCCUGAAUGCUUGGUAUGGGAAGUUUGUGACGGACACCAGCAGGAAGCAGGAGAAGGCGAAGGUGAUCGAUGUGACCGUGCCGCUGCAGUGCCUGGUGAAGGACUCCAAACUCAUCCUCACAGAGGCAUCCAAGGCAAGAGAAACUUCAUGA